UUUUUUUUUUUUUUUUCAAAUGGCCACAGAUCACCUGUUACGUAUUUCCUUGUGGGACUUUCGGCGGGCUGUGAGGAUCAAAGGCAAGGAAGGGAGAGAGCUAAGUUUGAGUGUGCUGCUUUGACAAAUGUGUGCGAUAGAAAGGCAUUAUAGGUAUGUUACUGAUCUGCUGCUAUUUUGACAGAACGGGGCUGUUUUGGACUAAAUUAUUCAAAUCUAUUUAAAGAGUUUUAGGCUGCCGGGAAACUUGAGAGAGCGAGUGGAAGUCGGUGGUUUGUGUUUUUAAAUUGCUUUGUUUUUUUUUCUUCUUUUAUUGAGACUGAGGUGACUUCCUGUCCUGUAACGUUCUGGAGCGGUUUCCUGUCAGUCCUGCUGAGGGGCCGUGUUGGUUUAAGGGGCCGUCAAGGUCCGGUUCAAAUACUGUACACAUGUCAAGAAAGACUCGCCGUGUUGUGAGACGGUCGAACUCUUUCCUUCAGACAUCUCAACUAAAUGUGAUCAAUGGUCCUGGCGACUACGUCCUCCUCCUUUUUCUACUGGAUUCUUAUAAUAGUUGUAUGCCAUUGAGAUGCAUUGUUGAAGAAUUUAUGAAACCAUAAACAAUAGACUCUGUGCUUUCUUUGUUACUGUUGGGUGAUCGUUGUUGUUGUUGUUGUUGUCUUUGAACGACCAUAAAACCUUUUUUGUAACAUUCAGCUAUAAGGGACCACCCAUGUAGACCAUUUCCUCUCCCCUCCCUUCAUUCCAGUUGUGUCUUUGUGCACGUACAGAUCUCUAUGCGUACAUGGAUUAUGGGAAUAAAUAGAGGUAAUCCCGCUUUGGAACUAAUAUAAACAACGCCUUAGUUUCUGUUUUCGUUAAAAAAAAAAUGAUUUUCUUAAAAAUCCCUAUUGGUUGUUAAUGAAGCAUUCUCCUUUCUUCUGUGCGUGUAUCUUAAUGCACAGAAAUGUACACAUUUAAUUUAUAUUGUACAUCACGUUGGUAAAAUAGGCUGCACAUUAUUUUAUUAUUCCAGUAGCAACGUGAGAAUUCCAACUGAUACUUUUUAAAUUAUAUUUUUAAAAAGAAAAAGUCACAGAGGCAAUGUCAUUUUUACUGUAACACACAGCCGCUUUAUGCUAUUUUCUAGCUUUAAAAAAAAAGUCCCCUUAAAACAGACCCGCCUUUUUCUCUUUUUCAUAUCGUGAUUCCUGAUUCCAAGGUCGUCCAUUUUUUUUGAGCAAGCAUUCAUCUGAAUAUCAGGAUCAGGCCCGGGUAGAGUGUUAAUGACUCAUCCUGUUUACCCCGCCGCUGUUGGGUGUGAUCUUACUCCCCAGACUGUUUUCCCAGCUGUGGGGGGCAGAACAGGAUUAUGCGCCGUCUUUAUCAAAGGACAGUUUGAAGCAGAGGAACAGGACUUAGCAGUAGCUUGAUUAAAAAAGGAAAUCGCAAACUUGAAUGAACGAACGAAUUGAGCUGUGAAAUACUCUCAUGAAAAGUAAUAUAUCGAUUUCCACUUGAGAAACACACAGUUUGAGUUUUUGUUUUCAGAAUCUGCGGCCCUUAUGUUUAUGAAAGCGAUACUCCACCGGAAUGCCUCGUGCACACCAAGAUGUCACUGUCUUUCCUCAUCGCUUGCAUCUACGUGCAUGUAGGAGGUUGUCAUGAGAAAAGGCGGGGGGGGGCUUGAGCUGGUGUCAUAACUGACUGACUAGCUGUAUUUAUAAUUACGGGGAGGGAGGAUCUUAUGGUGGAGUAUGAGUUUCUUCAUGUGAGACACAUAUUUUCUGCAGCUUUUGUGUUUUGCGUGGACGUUGUUAUCACUAUUUCAGCGCCAGCCGCGGCUGAGAUGUUGAUUGCGCGAAAGUGCGCCUCCUUCCCUCCUUGCCCCCGCCGCUCCCCCGCCCUGAGGAAUCAAUCAUGGAAGCUAAUGAUUCUUGUCUUUCUCCCACAUGGCAUCGGCUCACUUUAUCAUAGCAUGAACACACGACAUAUCUCUUGCUCACACUCUCUCCCGCGUUCAUUCACACACAUUUGGAAAACGCAUACAUUUGCCCCUAAACAAUAUGUGAAGAUGUUACUUUACAUUGCCAUCCAAGAAUAUUGUUGUAUUAAAAUUCCUCUUCUGUUUUUUUUUUCUAUUCUAAGGGAGCCUCUAUACUCCCAUCACCCUUUAUUAGCUUGAUAAAUCACCUCUGUUGUCAGUCAAGCCAGGGAGAAUAAUUGGAUGUGGUUGUCGCCCUGUGUGAUGGAUUAUCAUUCAUUGGGGAUUAAAUUAACAGAUAGUGCUCAGACAUAAUGGUUUUUGUUUUGCAUUUUAAAUUGCCUGGGAGCACGGCUGGGCUCUGUAGGCUUUAUAGCUCCUUUUGGACUUCUUUCCCUCGCUGUGUGCUACCCAGGCUCAAUGACAAAUGAACAAUAAACGAAAAGGGCCGCGGCUCUAUUAGUAAGAAAUGUAAAACAUUUAGAACUUGGUUUUAAAGAGAGCCGUGUGGCUGUUUACCAAUGUGAUAGCAUGACGGGAAACUGGGAGUAGUGGGAAUAGUUUGAUGAAAUGGCAAUGGCAAGAAAUAUGUGGAAUAAGAGAAAAGUGACCUGACAACUUGGUCAAGCGGUGCGCCGGGCUCGCCUGAUCCGAGCUGACAUCCGUGAACAGCCAGCGAGGACGCACAACACAUUAACUGCCUCAUCCUGGCUGGAUUUCCUUUUUCAAAUGAGAGUCUGGCACGAAUACCUUCCACAGGAAAAAGCACAAGAGAAAGUAAAGGAAGGAGGGUGUGCGCAGAGGCUCGAGCGCUGGUUAGCAGUCAGAUAGCGAGUUUGCCUGAACAAUUUACCUCCUCGUGCCCCUUCUUCGUCCUCCGAGGCCCCUCCCUCCGUUCCGCAUUAUCAUAUUGUGUCCAGAACAUGAGGGGCCGGGGAAGUGAUCAUGUCAUUUUAUUUACACUCGGCUUGGCCACAAACGACAUGCCACUGACUGCCAAGCAAACUGGGGCCCGACGACAUCUUUUGAUCAGGGCUGUCGGGGCCGAUCAGCGGAGAAUGGCAGGUAAUGGAUACCCGGUGACAAACCAAAUCUCCGGGAGGACGCAGAGUGGUCUGCACCUGCCAGGUCUCCAUUAGGCUGGCCCCCCUCGGUGGGGCUGCCUGCUGACUCUCCCCCCGGGGCCCAAAUCAGACCAGCGCCAGCCGCAUGGCUGCCUAGAGAUUGGCUGUUAGCACUGGAAAUGAGAGUUAUUUCAGCUAUGACAUUUUUGUUUAGACUGGACGUGAGUGUGUGGGGCGGUGGGGGGGUGGGGGAAUGAAGGGUUCAGUCCCCCCCACCGUGUGUGUGUGUGUGUUCGUCGGGGCCUGUUUGUGUCCACAUAGUGGACCAAACUAUAAAAGCUCAUACCUACGGCUUCUUUCCGUGGCAUUUGUCUUCGUUUAUAAUAUUGUAAAAACGGCCGUGGACCUGUCCACAGGCCAUCCACUGUUUUCGGGGAUUAUUUGUUUUUCCUUAAGAUGAGUGGUUUUGUGAGUGAGGUGGACAGGAAAUGAGCAAGAGGGGCGCGGCGAGACUGCUCUGACGGGGGGUGGAGUGAUAGGAGAGUCGGCGUACAGGGCGGCUGGUUACAGGACGUGCACCUUAUCACCUCUCUCCAUGCGAGCAGCGGUCGUCAACAUGCAAAGUGACAGCCUAUUCUCCCGAGGACAUGACAGAGCACACUGUGGUGGAGGACGAGGAGGCGGAAGCGGACGACCUGCCCGUCGCGGCCCCGGAGGAUGACCUUCCCGUGAAGGAUGGGUUUGUGGAGGAAUGCGGAGGGCCUGCCGAGGAGCAGACGUGUGAUCAGGAAUCAGCUGGGGCAGCGGAGCUCUCAGGACAGGAGAUGGACAUUGAGUCACAAGUGAGUGAGACCAGUGACCAAAGUCUCUCAGACUUUGAGAGUCCCUCAAGAAAAGCUGAGGGCAACUUGGUCCCAGCACCCCUGAAUGGUGGCACUAAAACCCCUCCCAUAGGCAUGGACACCUUAGAACAAAUGAAGGUCAUAUACUCCAGCUUCCUCACCGGGCCCCUGUGGUCCCCGCUGAACUUUAAUUCCACGUCGCCGCUGGCGCAGACGUCGGCCUCUGCGGAGAAGCCGGCUCGCAGCAACAGCACCAGCAGCAGCAGCAGUAGCUGCGGCAGCGGCAACUACGACUGGCACCAGUCUGCGGUGGCAAAGACACUACAACAGCAGACUCCCCAGAGCCGCCAUCCUGCACAAUCUGAGCCCAACCUCUUCAGCACGGUGCAGCUCCACAGGCAAAACCCCAAGCUCUUCGGCUCAAUCUUCACCGGGGCUAGUAAGUUCCGGUGUAAGGGCUGCAGUGCCGCCUACGACACCCUGGUGGAUCUGACGGUUCACAUGAACGACACAGGCCACUACCGCGACGACAACCACGACAAGGCGGGCGGUGGCUCAAAGCGCUGGUCAAAGCCACGUAAGCGAUCCCUGAUGGAGAUGGAGGAAAAGGAGGACGCCCAGAAAGUCUUGAAGUGCAUGUAUUGUGGACACUCCUUUGAAUCGCUCCAGGACCUCAGCGUGCACAUGAUCAAGACCAAACACUACCAGAAAGUGCCUCUGAAGGAGCCCAUGGCCCCUAUGGCGGGCAAGAUAAUGUCUUCUAAGAAAAGGGGACUCGUGGGGUUGGACCUCACGGCAGCACCGCGCUCUCGAGAAGGAACCCUGAGACCUAAGCACCUACAAGCAGACCAGGGUGAACCCUCCCAGAAACCUCCCUCCGGCCCCUACACAACCCCCAACAACCGCUACGGCCACCAGAACGGUGCCAGCUACACUUGGCAGUUUGAAUCCAACAAAUUUCAGAUCCUCAAGUGUAUGGAGUGCGAGAGUUCCCACAAUACACUUCAAGAGCUGAGAACCCACAUGAUGGUGACAGGACACUUCCUGAGGGUGACCAACUCUGUGGGGAAGAGAGUCAAAACACUCCCUGAGGCCACCUCCCCCAACCCUGGUAGGGUUACCACACCCACUGAGCAGAGGGUCCAAUCUGUCCCACUCGCACCCUCCACCUUCUGUCCUCCGCCUCUUCAAACCACGACAAGUCCCCCCGCUACCUCCCCUCCUCUCAAAGAUAUAAAAAAGGAGGAGGUGGAGGAGGAGUGCUCCAAGCAAGAGGCUGUGAGAAGUGAGAAGCGGGUUACAGCGUCAGUCGGGAAGGAGGAGGAUGCUGAGAAGGAGGAAAAAUAUGACAUCUCCAAGUAUAGCUAUCUUACGGAAGAAGAUCUGAAGGAGAGCCCUAAAGGUGGCUUUGACAUUCUCAAAUCACUGGAAAACACUGUGACGUCAGCCAUCAACAAGGCACAGAGUGGGAACCCAAGCUGGGGGGGCUAUCCUAGCAUCCACGCGGCCUACCAGUUCCCCAGUGCCCUCAACCUCCAACAGGGCAUCAUGGAAAAGAACUCCCCACUGAAGUUCUUGUUCAACGGAGGGGACGGAGCGCUGUCCUCCCUCGCAAAGAACCAGCCCCUCGUUUCCCUACCUCUUGGUCAGUCGUCCCCAUUCCCCAGCAACAACUUCCAGGCGAUGGAGGAUCUCGUUAAAAAAGUGACUGAGAAAGUAGCGAAAGUAGAGCAAAGGGUGAAGCUGUUGUCUCCAAAGAUGGAGAGCCACCCCUCUCCCUGUAGCAGUGAGGCUGGGGGAUUGCAUCAGGAAGGAGAGGCCAACUCGCCUCGGCAAUGGAGGUCGGUCACCCUAGCCAAUAGCGACAGGGGAAGCCACAGCGACAGGGCGUCCCCGGCAACCGAACCCAAGAGAGAGACGGCGGUCCGAUCUCCACUUGCCUCUACGCUGAGAUGCAGUACAGCCAUUAUCACUGGCCACACUCCUCCAGAGCAGCCCUUUGUCAACCCUCUAAGUGCUCUUCAGUCAGUAAUGAACAUUCAUUUGGGGAAAGCGGCCAAGCCCUCCUUGCCAAACCAAGAUCCCCUGAGCCUGCUCUCCAGGCUCAACCAGAGCAUGGCUGAGAGGGCUGCUGUGGCCGCUCCUCCCCCACAAACCAAAAAGCCGGAAAGCGUAGUUGAUAAUAGCUUUUGCCAGCCCAGUGAUGAUCAGCCCAUGGACCUUACUAAAGGGAAAAGUGAUAGAGGUGGCUCUGUAGGCUCAGCCCCCUUAACCCCUUCAUCCACGGCUUCCUCCAUCUCCCCCACGUCCAUUUACACUCCUGCAAAGCUGACGGUUGUCUCUCCCUACACAUCCAGCAGCCCUCUGAAUGAAAACGCAUUGUCGGAUAUCUCAGACAUGCUGAGGAACCUGACCCAGUCGCACCACGUGCCAAAGCCGACCUUACGGUCCCGGGUCGCAGACAAAGCCGAGAUCUCGGGCUCCGCUCACGAGGACGACGAAGCGUCCCUGCACGGCCACAAACGCAAAGGCCGCCACUCUAACUGGAACCCGCAGCACCUCCUCCUCCUGCAGGCCCACUUUGCCUCAAGCCUGAGGCAGACGUCGGAGGGGAAGUACAUCAUCAACGACCUCAGCCCACAGGAGAGAAUGCACGUGUCUCGGUUCACGGGCCUCUCCAUGACCACCAUCAGCCACUGGCUGGCUAACGUCAAGUACCAGCUGAGGAGAACCGGCAGAACCAAGUUCCUCAAGAACCUGGACUCGGGUCAACCCAUAUUCUUCUGCAGUGACUGUGCCUCACAGAUCCGCACCCCAGCAGCGUAUGUAUGCCACCUGGAAGCCCACCUAGGGUUCAGAAUCAGGGACCUGGCCAAGCUGUCCCCUAAGCAGACUGUCAGGGACACCCACGCUCUCUCUGAGAAACUGGUGCCCCUGGAGUCCUUCCUUUCUCCACAAUCACAAGACGACUGCAGCGGUAAUGGGGCAGUGUUCCGUUGCCAGCUAUGCGUCCGUAAAUUUGCCACUAAGCACGCCAUCAAGCUUCACCUCAGCAAGAGCCACGGGAAGUCUCCAGAGGACCAUCUGCUGUAUGUGAGCGAAGUAGAGAAACACUAAAUUACUCUCGGCAGUAGACUUACUGGAAAACGUAUGUAGAAUUGCUGUUAAAAAAACAAACAAAAAUUAAAAACAAAAAGUGUGGUAAUGCACAAAGAUUGAAUUAACUACUGUUAAAAUAGUCAGCACAUGGUGUUUACAUCUAUUCGACCUAUAGACGUUUCUGAUUUCUCUGUAUUUCACCAAAAUAUAGUGUAGGUUGCAGACCUUCAGCCUAAAAGGACCGAUCAUUUCAUGAUCUUGGUGAAUCUCUCGACUAGGUCAGCUAAUAACCUGAAGUGUAUUAACUUUAUUGUAUUUAUUUCGUGAGUUUGGUUCUGAUUUUCUGGUAGACUGCAUGUUCAACAAGUUUUACUGUCAACAUUUGUACCAAUCCUGUUCUUUCCUGUCUACAUUCUAAAAUGCCCCAACAAACUGGUCAUUUUUCUAACUCCUUAAAACAGCCAAAUGCCUGGAAACGCUCCUUUUAUAAAACAAAAUCUGCCAAACAGCAACGGUUCAUUGCUUGUUUUGUUUUUGUUUAUUAUUCUCUGUACAGCCUGUUGAUUUUCUUGCUGAUUGUAAAAGCUGCCUUGUUCUUUAUCAUUGAGUGAGGGGCACUUAAAAUCCAGGUCUGUGUAUAAAUGUAUAUAUAGUGUAUAAGCUUAAAACGUGCUGUUAAAUUAUGCAUACUUGUUAUAUUUCCUAAUUUAAGAGGACUAUGACUAUCCACUGGUGCAGAGCCGUUGAAGAAGAUGAAAAGGACAUUGUUUUGCACAAUAGUUUUAUAAAUGUUAUUUGAUAAAAAAAAGAAACCAAUACAAAUAUGUUAAUGCCUUGUGCUUCUAUGAUUAAAUUGAAUUAACUGCUGCAUUAAA